AUGAUCGCAGAUACAACCACCAGAAACCUGAGGAAACCGGCCCGUUUCUCUCAGCUCAGCAACAUAAAUGUCGUGAAGAAGCACAUCCUUCUGCGUGUCGACUCCAUGUCGCUGGAUGUGUCGCUUGGAGGAACCACCCUCAAUGAAAAGCACGACGACGAAUCGUACGGCCUCAGGAAAGUCGGCACAAACUCGUCCGUGGACUCGAACUUGACCGUUCAGAGCAAAUUCAAAGUUUCUUUCCAGCUCUCCCCUAGAGAAAUCAACCUUUUACGCUACACAUGGAACAAAAUGCUUGUGGAUGAAGAACUCGAAACCACAGAGCUGCUGCUUCCGAUUGAGGGCCUGCUCCAGGUGAAACAGAACCAGGUCACCUCGAAUCGCUACGCCUCAAUGGCGCUGUCGAUGUUCUGCAUAUCUUUCUACCACACGUUGCUUCUGAUGGAUCCUGAGCUAGAGCUCAUGUUCCCCUCGUUGCGUCACCAGGCUGCCGCUUUUGCCAGCGUCAUUUCGUUGGCCAUCAGCUCGCUUGAAAACCUCUCUGUGCUUGACGACUACCUUACCAAGUUGGGCAACACGCAUUCCCGAAUCUUGGGCAUUGAAGCGCCGCAGUUUGAGCUCAUGGGUGAGGCGUUCAUCCAGACCUUCCAGGAGCGUUUCGGCACAAAGUUCACCCACGAGCUCGAGGUCUUGUGGAUCAAGCUCUACAUGUACUUGGCAAACUCCUUGUUGCAGAAUGGCAUGGACCCCACGCUAAAGCUCGAUUCCCAAGUAUUUUCCAAAUCUGGCGUCUACACUGAAAGCGUCUACACGCUGGACUCGGACACCAGCUCAUUGAACCUGCGGGCCCAGAGCAAUUUCAGCAAGGCGGAGUCGUCUUUAGAUGCCGCAUCCACAUACUCGGUACAAACGAAGAACAAGCUUAAGCCAAAGGACAAGAAGCAGAAGAAGAAGAGAGACUGUGUGAUCGUCUAG